AUGCGCCUCGCCAACGACAUUCCCCGGCUGCCUUCAUGCUUACUCAUCGACUUGACCUGUCGAGCCAAAGCCCCGAUCGACCUCACGACCCAACUCGUCUGUGCCCUCCUGUGGCCUUUCGCCCCCCAAACAUCGACCCACUGGCUGCCUUUGGCCCGCCGUCCUCACCUGGACAACGCGGCCGUGAAGAAUUUCUUGUCGGGGGCUACGUGGUCGAAUGUCGACAUGACCCCGCCCCGUGUCUCUCGGUUCCCCUCCUGCCGAGCCCAGAAUUUUGAAUUUGCCUCUCUCUCUCUCUCUCUCUCUCUCUCUCUCUCUCUCUCUCUCUCUCUCUCUCUCUCUCUCUCUCUCUCUCUCUCUCUCUCUCUCUUGGAUGUGUCGUCUUUCCACAAGCUUGCCCCUCCUCCCACAGCCAACGGCCUCUUCUGCUGCAAAUGGGAGGGCCCUGUGGUCGCCAACGUUCUCCCUGUCAAUGACAGCCCCAUCAUGAUCCAAACCAUUCGGCCCAAGCUCAUGCCCAAGACGAUGGAGACCUCAAACUCGACCUCUAACCCAGCCCCGACCCCAAGCGCCAAGCGCUCGUGUCGUGAGCGCUUGACUCAGUCCCUUCACACACUCGACGUCGCCCACUUCUUCACCGAACAAGUCCUGCCCCGCCUCCAACGCUACGUUCGUCAUCAAUUGCAGACCCGCAACGUCCCCAGCCACCCCGCCGGUCCCAAAAGCGCCCACCACAUCAUCACCCCCGCCCUGGCCUCGCCGACCUCCCAUACCAGCCGCUUCCUGGCCCGCUGCACCACCGCCAUCUGGCACCGCGUCGAUGCCGCCGCCCAUCGCACCGCCGCCGAACAUGAUCAAGAACCAGCCCUCAAGCGGCCCAAGGCUCCGCCUUCAGGCACGGGCCAGGUCGCGGCCUGCGUUCGGGAUCUCCUGACCAGCAACGACUGGUUUGAGGACUGGGCCACCGCAUUGAGCCAAGACGAGCUGCCCGACAUGACCUCGGCCGUUCAACGUGGCCUGCUUCUGGUUCUUCUUGCCCAGGCCACCGACGUGGUCGUCCGCCACCGGGUCCAAACGGUUCUCAACAGCCUGGCUUCCGGAGCUCAGCAGCUGCGCCUGGUGCGGGGCUACGCUGCCGACAAGGACACCAUCGCAGAAGAACUCUGCCAUCACAUCGUGCGCACCGACACCCACACCUUGGCGGCCUUUUGCGACAAGCACGAACAGGACGAACUGGCCUCGGCCGAACAUUUCAAUGACGUGCAACGACGUCGCGUCAUGCUGCACACCCUCCGUACCCUGACUCUCACCGCCGCCACCGAGGGCAAGAGUGACAUCGAGGUCCACCCGCUGCUCCUGCGCCUCUUUCAACGACUUGAAACCGCAGUCACCCGCGAACUCAACGUGCCCCACAGCGACGCCCGCGUCAUUGUCAACCGCGUCCUACUCAACUGCAACGUCCUCCAAGCCUGGGCCGAUGUCGUUGCUCAUUGCCAAGAACAUGCCCCGGCCGAUACAGACCACCCCGCCUUGACCUCCCAAGACCGCACCCUUAUGCUGGCCACCCUCAUCCAUCGCUACUACACCCUUCGCAAGCAACACCACGAGCGCGUGGUCCGCAUCAACCACAAGCUCUUUCCAGAGAACCGCCCCGCUUCGCUGCCAUCUCAACCCGCCCAACACUCCUCAACCCCGACCCCCAGCCCGUGGGCCCGCCAAAGCAUGACCUCUGUCUGA